GUGUCCCUGUUUUGGAUGCGCUAACAAGUCUCCAGAGACGAGAAGUGAAAGAGAGACCAUGUUUUAGAGACCCCGUGUUGGCAGCCUAUUAUCUACAAUGAACAAUGAAGACGAGUUCUAUGAUGCCGUCACAGGCUUGGAUUCAGACGAGUCGUGUGAAGGCACAUCAGAAGCCAGUUUUAAAGAUGCUGUAGUGUACGACGGCGCUCAGAAGAACAAUGGCGCGGUCCCUCAGGAGAACGGAAUUAAGAAGCACAGGUCGUCUCUUCCCGCCCCGAUGUUCUCCAGGAAUGAUUUUAGCGUGUGGAGCAUUCUCAAGAAAUGCAUUGGACUGGAGCUGUCCAAGAUCACAAUGCCCAUUGUGUUCAACGAGCCCCUGAGCUUUCUACAGAGAAUCUCUGAGUAUAUGGAGCACACGUACCUCAUCCAGAAAGCGUGCUCUCAGUCCGACUCUAUAGAGAGGAUGCAGACGGUAGCUGCCUUUGCUGUGUCUGCGGUCGCUUCUCAGUGGGAUCGAACCGGAAAACCUUUCAACCCUCUUUUAGGAGAAACCUAUGAACUCACACGAGAGGAUCAGGGUUUCAGACUGAUCUCAGAGCAGGUGAGUCACCAUCCGCCGAUCAGUGCGUUUCACACCGAGAGUCUGACGGGCGACUUUGUGUUCCACGGCUCCAUCUACCCCAAACUCAAGUUCUGGGGCAAAAGUGUGGAGGCAGAACCUAAAGGAACCAUCACGCUAGAACUGUACAAGCAUAAAGAGGCCUACACAUGGACGAACCCUUUCUGCUGUGUACACAAUAUAAUUCUUGGUAAACUGUGGAUUGAACAGUACGGCACUGUAGAAAUUGUCAACCACAGUACUGGAGAGAAGUGCGUACUGAACUUUAAACCCUGUGGGAUGUUUGGAAAGGAGCUUCACAGGGUUGAAGGUUACAUCCAGGAUAAGAGUAAGAAGAAGCGCUGUGUGAUUUAUGGAAAAUGGACAGAGUGCAUGUGGAGCGUCGACCCACAGGUGUUCGAGGCCCAUCGGAAACUGGAGAAGAAGGGAACGGACACUAAAAAACAGAAACAGGAGGAGCCAGAAGCAGUGAACGAGGAUGCGGAUGAUAUGCCUGAAGUACAGGAGACUGUGGCGGUGAUUCCUGGUAGCACAUUAUUAUGGAGAAUAUCGUCAAGGCCGCCUCAUUCAGCCGAGAUGUACAACUUCACUAAUUUUGCCAUGACGCUGAAUGAGCUGGGGCCCGGCAUGGAAGGAGCGCUGGCGCCGACGGACUGCCGCCUGCGGCCGGACAUCAGAGCCAUGGAGAACGGCAGCAUGGACGAAGCCAGCAGAGAAAAGGAGCGACUGGAAGAGAAGCAGAGAGCAGCUCGUAAAGAGCGGGCCAAAGACGGCGAAGAGUGGUCCACUAGGUGGUUUCAGUUAGGCACAAAUCCAUACACGGGAUCCCAGGACUGGAUGUACACCGGCGGCUACUUUGAUAGGAGAUACACGGACUGUCCCGACAUCUACUGAUGAGGAGGCGCGAGUUUUGUCACCUGCCUCCCUCCCUCCCUCCCUCCCUCCCUGUCCCGCCACGUCCAGCAAACCUGUGGCCCGCCAACAACGACAGUGCUUCUUAACAUGGAGCUGCCUGCGUCUUGUCAUUGGGAAGCGUCUUCUCUCCCCCUGACCCCUGACCCCGACCCCCCUUUAGGUUUUAUCCACGGAGGAAAGCGCCGGAUUGCCUUUUUCUGCCUUUGAACGCACACGCACCCACCCAGCGACGCCGGAGUUCAAUCCAGAUGUAGUUGUAUCACCAAUAAAAUGUGACUGUGAAGCGCUCUGGCCGUUUCCGUGUACAGUAGGCGUUUAACGUGCAUAUUAAAAAGAGCGACUAAUUCCAGAUGUUUCGAGUUUGGUAAGCACCGAGCCACCUCUGGCGAAGCAUUAAUGAAAUAACGACAGUAAUAAGGUGUAGAGGAUGACGAACGUUAAUAAGGAACCGCGCGCUUGAGGCAAUUAAUGUAAAAAGCCAUAGACGCUGUUUGAAUCGGUACAAUGUUUAGCCUUUUGGACGUUCGGAUUGCGACUGAACUCGUGCGAAAUGACGGUGAAGCGUUGUAAGAAGCGGCCUCGGAGCCGUUUUUCUUUGCGCUUCCACCGAGACUCGCGCUGUUCUGUAAGGCCCUGUCGAUACACUGUAAACGUACACGUCCGUUUUAGUAAGGUGCGGGUGUCGCACUAAACGGUUCCUCCAGCACUGUCCGUUCAAUUAGUUUGACGGGAAGCGGGCCGUCGCGACGGAAACGGGCCAAAUCUAUGCAACCCAUCCAAGCCCACAUGACGCCGAACGCGGGGAACGGCAGCUCGGACGCGACCCGCUUGUUGUUGUUGUCAAAGCGACCGACGAGCGGGUUCGAAGCACAGACGUGUUUGAGUCCCCGCAGUGCCUGACCCUCGGUCCGUCCGUCAAUCACCAGUACCUGAUCUCGAGCCGUUCGGUCCCCGUUCAAAGGUUCACCCGAAUACUUUAGAUGCGAUUUUCUAGCCGCCUUUCCCCUCGCGUCAGUACUAAGCGUCAACGGGGACGUGUAAAUUACACUCGUUUCAUCUGUUAGAUGCACACAUUUGAGUACACUACUUGUUUAGCGUCCCGCGAUGAAUUGAAAAGUAGCGUUAUAAAAAGUAAUAUCCCACAAUUAAAGUAUAGAUUUUAUUUUUA